GUGUUUAUAUUCCAGGUUCCCCCUCCCUGGCCAAGGACACCGUCAGCCAUGAAGAGCCACCACGCUGCCCUGCUGCUCCUGGGCUUCUUCGCCCUCGGGACAGAGCCCAUUUUGGCCACACUGAGGAAAAGGCUAGGCAAAAUGGAAGCACAUGACAAGCCACCAACACUUUCCAUGGCAACCUUCCAAGAUCUCUGCCUCUUUCCACCCGAAGAAGGAGACUGCAAAGCAAACAUACCCCGAUUCUUCUUCAAUUCAACCUCAUGGAAAUGUGAGAAAUUCAUUUAUGGUGGAUGUGGAGGAAAUGACAACAACUUUAAGACACGGGAGGAAUGUCUCCAGUUCUGCCCACACAGAGAUCUCCUUCAACCUGGAGAUUGCCCAAGAAGAAUGCUACCUGGGCUUUCUCGGCCUACCGAAGCCUACUGCAUAGAGGAUGGGACCUGUCCAGGAGAGCAGAAGUGUUGUCUCAUGGGCAAUAUCAGGAAAUGUGUCCUCCCUGUUGGAGUGAAUCCUGGCUUUUGCCCCAGGAGAGACAAUGCCACAGUCUUCACAACGCACUGUUCAUGGGACUUGGAUUGUGCCUUGGAUGAGAAGUGUUGCCCCAGUGAAGGACGGAGAAGAUGCACCAAAGCCUUGCCAGCCAACCCUGGCCUUUGUCCCAAGAAGAGCCUCUCGCGGGUGUCCAGUCCUUGUGAAGGUGAAUGCAUAGAUGACCAGUCUUGUCCCAAGGGGAAAAAGUGCUGCUUUGUUAACUGUGGGCUGAAGUGUGUCCCCCCAGAGAGCCAUCACAGUGGAGAACCAAUGGAACUGGAUCGGGAUCCCUCACUGGAAGUGGGACACGGAGAUAUCUGCCUCCUUCCUCCUAAACAAGGAGACUGUGAUGCCCACAUGCCCCGAUUCUUCUAUAAUUCAACCUCUGGGAAGUGUGAGAAAUUCAUUUUUGGGGGCUGUGGGGGGAAUGAGAACAACUUCAUGACGCGGGAGGAAUGUUACCAUGCCUGCUUUGACAGAGCAUUGUCCAAACCUGGCAACUGCCCAAGGAGGACGGUUCCUGCUCUUCCAAGGUCCUCCAAGGCCUACUGUGCAUACGAUGCAUCUUGCCCAGGAGAUCAGAAGUGUUGUCACAUUGGAAAUAUCAAGAGAUGUGCCCUCCCUGUUGGAGUACAUCCUGGCUAUUGCCCCAGAAGAGAUGAUGUUGCAGUCCCUUCAAAGCACUGUUCAUGGGAUUCAGAUUGUGCCGUGGAUGAGAAGUGUUGUCCCAGUGAAGAACACAAAAGGUGCACCAAAGCCAUACCAGCCAAUCGAGGCCUUUGCCCCAAGAGAAGUCUACCACUGGAGUUUUUCCCAUGUGAAGGACAUUGCAGGGAUGACCGGUCAUGUUCCAAGGGGCAGAAGUGCUGCUUUGUUGGCUGUGGCCUGAAGUGCAUCCCUCCAGAGACUCAUCACAGCGUUGAGCGGGUGGCGCUGGAUCAGGACCAUGCUCUCACCUUGCCAGUUCACAGAGGUUCCUGGCCAUUGAAUUCUACAGAACUUGAAUCUCGGCCUGCUCGUGAUUUCUGCCACCUUCCUAGUGCCUCUGGCUCUUGUGACGCCCCCUCUGUCCACCGCGUCUUCUACAACUCCCAAGCUAAGAGGUGCGAGAGGUUCCUUUACAAAGGCUGCGGAGGCAACAGGAACAACUUUGCAACACAACUGGAGUGUCUCCGGAGCUGCUCCAAUCCAGGGAUCUGUCAGCUCCCAAUGGACCAUGGAAUAGGCGAUGCCCUGAGGCCUCGCUACUUCUACAACUCCGACUCCAGGACCUGUGAGCACUUCAUCUACCGAGGACACCAUGGCAACGCCAACAACUUCUGGGAAGAAGAAGCUUGCCUCCAGUUCUGUGGAUCUCAUGCUGUCUAAACCAACAGAGACAACCUCCUGAAGGAAGGACAGAGAGGACUUGAAACUCCUGGAAGUUACUCCUGGAUCCUCCCUGGAGUAUGGAGAGACCACCAGUCCUGCAUGCCAGUAUCUUCCAUCCACGUCUAUGUCCUUCCAUCGUCACCCUAUUGUUCUGUCUUCUUCCAUCUCAGACUCUUUUAGCAGCCCAGAUUAACAUCCCACUUUCUUCAUCCUUUCUGACCUUUCCCCUAAAUGCCCUCACCCUCUAUUUCUUCCUCUAAUCUCUCCAACUCCCCUUUUGAGAAGCCCAUUUUGGCACAAUCAACAGUACCUGCCAUUGCACCUUCUUCAACCCUCCUUCCUACUUUCAUCUUUCUAUUCAGUCUAAACUUAGGGUGCAUCAACAUUUUUGAACUGAUGCAGUUUGACACCUCUUUUUCUGCCAUAAAACAUUGCCAUGGGUUUCCUGGAAGUUAUAUUGGUGUUAGGCUCCUGCACAGUUUGGCAAUGAAAGCUAAAGACUACAACUCCCAUGAUUCCAUAACUUUGAGCCAUGGCGAUUCACAUGAUGUAUUCAUUCUACAG